AUGGAGCGGCUGGCGGCGGCGCUGGGCCGCCUGGCGUGGAGCUCCGGGCCGCCGCUGCCGCUCGACCUCAUCGUGGCCAAGUGCCGCCUGCCCGCCCUCGUGCGCCCCGCGCCCGGAGAGUACGUGGAAGGUGUCGGUGACCAGGAUGUGCUUCUCAUCCACUCCUGCCGCCAGUGGACCACGGUGACGGCCCACAGCCUGGAGGAGGGGCACUACGUCAUCGGGCCCAAGAUCGACAUCCCCCUCCAAUACCCAGGGAAAUUUAAGCUGCUGGAUCAGGACAGGGACGUCCGGGAGCCUGUGCAGUACUUCAACAGUGUGGAGGAGGUGGCGAGCAUCUUCCCGGACCGGGUGUUUGUCAUGGAGGCCAUCACCUUCAGUGUAAAGGUUGUGUCGGGCGAGUUCAGUGAGGACAGCGAGGUGUACAAUUUCACCCUGCACGCAGGGGACGAGCUGACGCUCAUGGGCCAGGCGGAGAUCCUGUGCGCGAAAGCCGCGAAGGAGAAGUCGCGGCUCAACACGCUGCUGCGGAAGCUGGGCAAGGCGGGAGUGCCUGGCGGCGGGGGCAGCGGGGGCGGCAGCAGCGGCGGGGGUAGCGGGGGCGGCAGCAGGCAGCUGAAAGGCAAGAUGCCCUGCCUGAUCUGCAUGAACCACCGGACCAACGAGAGCCUGAGCCUGCCCUUCCAGUGCAAGGGGCGCUUCAGCACCCGCUCCCCGCUGGAGCUGCAGAUGCAGGAGGGCGAGCACACCAUCCGCAGCGUCAUCGAGAAGGUGCGGCUGCCCGUCAACGUGACCGUGCCCAGCCGGCCGCCCCGCAACCCCUACGACCUGCACGCCAUCCGGGAGGGCCACUGCUACAAGCUGGUGAGCAUCAUCUCCAAGACGGUGGUGCUGUGCUGCAUCUUGCGCAGGGAUGCCGUGGCCCCCUUCCACUUCCUGCUGCUCACGGACAUGCCUCGCUUCCUGCUGCCGGAGGGGCUGUUGCGGGGCGGCGGAGACCCCCAGCUGGAGAAACUGCUGCGGGAGAGCGCCGCCCUUUGCCAGGAGCGCUUUGACCCCCACGAGUACUCCAAGGCCGUGCGGGAGGCCAAGCCGGACUUCUCGGAGGAGUGCGCCAGCCCCCGCCGCGUCCGGCUCUGCCUGCAGGGCUACGCCCGCGACGACCUGGCCCAGUCCUUCCAGCGCCUCUCGCUCUGCCUCUACAGCGCCUCGGAGAGCGCGUGCCCGGACCCCGGCCCGGGAGCGAGGGCCCCGCGGCUGUGCCUGCCCGCUCGUCAAGAGCAGGAGGCCCCAGACCCCGAGCGCGAAUACGUGACCCCCGACUGGGCUGAGCCCACCUUCCGGACUCCGGAGCUCCCCUAUGAGGAGCUGUGGACCAAUCAGAAUACCGAGAACUACUCGGAGCCCAGCAGCAUCCCUCCCGGGCUGGCGAGCGCCAACAAAGGCCCCCGGGACCUCAUCUCGUUUGCCAGCCUCGCCUCGCCUCUGGGCUCCCCACGCCGCUGCCGACGCCAAGGCCUGCUGAGGGAGGAGCCUGUGGGAGAUGCCCCGCCCCCGGUCCCGCCCAAAUCGGAAGCGGUGAGAGAGGAAUGCCGCCUCCUCGUUGCCCCCCCAGUGCCACCGCGGGGGGGCCACACGCCAGCCACUGCCAGCCCCCCCGUGCCUGUACGUUUCCCCAAGCUGCAGGUGGCCGCGUCGCCCGGCUCCAGCCUCUCGUACUACUCGUCUGGACUUCACGAUGUGUCGAGGCCCCGGAGCGGCAGCUGCUCCCCUUCGCCGGACUCCUCCUCCCUCUACUGCUAUCCCUGCACCUGGGGCGACUGCAAAGUGGGGGAGUCCUCCAGCCGCCCGCUGGCCAGCCCCCAAGCGCAGCCCCAGCCCCCGCCCCCCCAGCCUGCGCAGGGCGCCUCGUGGUCCGAUCCGUGGCCGUACAGCGACCUGGGCCCGAGCGUGGCCACGGGGAGGUCCACCCCGCUGCUGGGGUGCGGCGAGGCCAGCGCCCUCAAGAGCUACCACAGCUGCCCCCGCCUGAAGCCGCCCCCGUCCCAGAAGCGCUUCGCCCCCUUUGGCGCCCUCAACCCCUUUUCCAACCCGGCCUACUCUUCCAGCCCGGCUUCCUCCGGCUCCUCCGAUUGGCUGGAAUCCCUGGAGUGGCAGAAGCCGGCGGCCCCGUCCCCGGAGACCUUUGACCCCUUUGAGAGCACGUCCCCCUCGCCGGAGGGGGAGCUGCACUACAGCCCGGCCCCUCCGCCUCGCUCCGCCAAGGCCUUUGAGCCGGCCGAAAACCUCCUCCUCCGGACGUCGGUGGCGCCGCUGCCUCCCGGCCUCGUCCACGGCGCCGAGGGGGGCGUCACCCGCCUCUACCUGGCCCAGGGGGUCAUCGAGGUGCCCCCCGCCCGGCUCAACGGGGACGGCUCGCCCUGGCAGCCCCCCGCCGACUUGUCCGCCCUGUCGCUGGAGGAGGUCUCCCGGAGUUUGCGCUUCAUCGGGCUCUCGGAGGACGUGGUCAGCUUCUUUGCCCGCGAGCGCAUUGACGGCAGCAUCUUUGUGCAGCUGUCCGAGGAGAUCUUGUCCGAGGACUUCCACCUCACCAAGCUCCAGGUCAAGAAGAUCAUGCAGUUCAUCAAAGGCUGGAGGCCCAAGAUCUAGGAGGGGGAAGCUGCC